ACGCUGCUCACUUAAAAUCUUAGAAACUCCCAUAUCCCCUUUUCGCUCCAAUUUCUCUCAUCUAGGGUUUUAGUGCCCGCCCUCAUUUCUCCGGAUUAAAUUUUUAAAAAGAAAUCCCCAAAUGAGCAAAGAAGCAAUUAAUUUCAACAUGUCCGAUCUCGGCGACGCUCUUAACGAGGAAGCUCGAGCUGGUCUCGUUAACGCUCUAAAGAAUAAACUUCAGAAUCUUGCUAGGGAGCACACUGAUAUGUUGGAGAGCCUUUCACCAAAUGUUAGAAAGCGUGUUGAGGUUCUCAGAGAGAUCCAGGGUCAACAUGAAGAGUUAGAGGCUAAAUUUUUUGAGGAGAGGGCAGCACUCGAAGCUAAAUAUCAGAAAUUAUAUCAACCUUUGUAUGCCAAGCGAUACGAUAUUGUGAAUGGUGUUGCUGAAGCUGAAGGAACUACAAAUGAUGCAGCCAUGGACCAGAAAGAGGAUAACGCUGCUGAAGAGAAAGGAGUACCCGAUUUUUGGCUUACUGCCAUGAAAAACAAUGAUGUGCUUUCUGAUGAGAUCACUGAGCGUGAUGAAGGAGCUCUCAAAUAUCUCAAGGAUAUCAAGUGGCAUAGGAUCGAGGAACCCAAAGGAUUCAAGCUUGAGUUUUACUUUGACCCCAAUCCUUAUUUCAAGAAUACUUUGUUGACAAAGACAUAUCACAUGAUUGAUGAAGAUGAACCUAUUCUUGAGAAAGCUAUUGGAACGGAGAUUGAAUGGUAUCCAGGAAAGUGUUUGACGCAGAAGAUCCUUAAAAAGAAGCCUAAGAAGGGAUCGAAGAAUGCCAAGCCAAUCACUAAAACAGAAGACUGUGAAAGUUUCUUCAACUUCUUCAAUCCUCCUGAAGUUCCCGAUGAUGAUGAAGACAUUGAUGAAGAUACUGCUGAAGAGCUACAAAAUCAAAUGGAACAGGAUUAUGACAUAGGUUCAACAAUUCGAGACAAGAUUAUUCCACAUGCAGUGUCAUGGUUUACAGGAGAAGCUAUUCAAGGAGAUGAGUUAGAGAUAGUAGAUGAAGAUGAAGAUGAUGAUGUGGACGAGGACGAGGAUGAAGAUGAAGAUGACGAUGACGAUGAUGAGGAUGAUGAAGAAAGUAAGACCAAGAAGUCCUCAUUUGCACAAAAGAAGAGUGGAAGAGCACAAGGGGAUGGGCAGCAAGGUGAGAGGCCGCCAGACUGCAAGCAGCAAUAGGGCUCUAAUUGCUGCUUUGGAAGAUGCAUGGCAAUGUUAAAGCUUGCAUGGUCUAUAUAUGAUAUGUUUCAUGGAAGAGAAGGGGCAAGGUUGUUUGCAGGUUUGGUGGUUAUUUAUACAUGUUAAAACCAUGAAAUAUGAUUGGUUUGGAGAACCCUUCUUUUCCCUUGUUUGGGGGCGGGUUGAUUUACUAGGAUGUGACUGUUAGUAUGAGAUUUUCUCUAUGUGCAUGUUCCCAGGAACUCAAGAGUAUAUGUCUGCCAUAGUGUUCUUAUUAUAUAUAUAUUGCUUGUCAUCAAUUAUUUUA